GAGAAGUUGAAUCAGUGGUAUGGCAAGAUCUUUGCACAGCUGCAAGCUGACAUGAGUGACAGCAGUCUUGCUUCAGUGCAUGAGUGGAUGGAGAGAACUUUUCCAAACACAACUGCCAAGAACCAACUGAUGACAGAUUUUUCCAAUCUGGAGUCAGAAUGCCGAAAGAUUUUGGCAGCCCCAGACAAUGGAACAAUCACUUCUGAUGUUCCAGAAGUUCUGGUCCACAAUGAUGUGCCAGUCCGCUUCAAAAUCAGGUUGCACAACUUUGGCUUCUUGGAGGACUCACAGCUGAAGGGGCCAGUUCAGUCUUAUGCUGUGAGCCUUGGGUUGCAUGCAUGUUUGGCCAAGCAUGGGCAUGUCAAUAUCCAUGUUGCUAGCUUGUUCAGCAAGAUUCCAGGAUUGGUUCAGCUUAGGAGGGACAACAUCCAGAAGUUCAUGACCAAUCAGAAGGGCAACCAAACCAACAAAUACCCCCUGGAGAUCCUCUUUGACUAUGUUUGCAAGCUCAACCAGCAUCCAGUGAAGCCAGGUUCAGUGAUUCCGGCGUUCAGCAUCGCCAUGUUCAUUGGCAGCUCGACCAUCAUGUCAUCAUUCUUGCUGUGCAUCUAUGCUUGCAAGCUCAAGAUUAUUGACGCAGUGAAGGGCGACCUAAAGCUCGAGCGCAAGGUGGCUACAAGGUUGCUGAGUUGCUUGGUGAUUCACUGCACAGCUGUUACUGCCACCAAUCAUGAUCAGGCAAUGCUGAAUGCAUUUGCCCAGAAGCGGGAGGCUUUGACGACUCGAGAUGCGCAUCUCCGCAGCAUCAUGGUGGAGCAGAACAAGUUGAGUGUCACUAAAGCCAAGAUCCACAGCAAUGAGAUGACAGCGAUCCUUUUGCUAGAUUCAGCUGGUCCAGGUUUUCAGAAGAUCAUUGCCAAGGCUCACAUGGCUGACCAGCCGCAGGACACUGCCUUUCCCCUCUCGCUCUUGAACAAAGACUUCCUGAAGAAGGAGGAUAACCCCCUGUGGCAUGCCAUCCAUGAGCACAGCUGGGACAAAGUCACUACUUGGGCUCAACGUGUUUCAGGAAAAUGGGAUCGCCGCAUGCAGCAAGCCCUGAAAGCUGGCCAGGCGUUGAGCUACAAGAAUGGUGCAGUGGCCGCCGACAUGCGUGACAGCGGCAAAGAGUUGAAUGUGUGGUACAUGGCACAAGCCAUGUGUUACUUUGAUGACCAUUUCCAAAAAGCUCUGAAGCCAGACAGAUUUGACCAAGUCAAAUCAGAUUGGCUGGCUGGCAAGCUGGACACACAGAUUUUGCCAGCAGUCCUCGCCAAGAGAAAGGACUUCCAACCGCGCGACUUCCAGUUCGUCUUGCUGGAGCAACAGGAUGCCUUGUCUGGACUGAACUUCUUGAGUUUAGGCAGUUCAGAGAAGCAGGAAUCCCUCUAA